GUACCGCUAGAUGCUGCGCAGCUUCGCGUGUUCGCGCCUCUCGUCGUCACCGAACCACUUUUACAACAGCUCGUAGCUUCAGUGUUCUGCUGAAACCUGCCGAGAAAGGAUUGCUGAAACUGUGCAAAUCGCUUCGAGAAUCAGCAAUGGCAACGGACGGACAUAUUUGGGCGCUUACUGCCAUCAUCGCUUUUUGGGGGCUUCUUAUCAUCAACGUCGUGUCGCUGCCCGCUGACCACACAGUUCGAGGGAACGUGCAGGGUAACGUAACCGACAUAUUUGCCUACCCCGCCGAACAGUCGGCCAUAGAAUCAAAACAGAACGCUCGGAAUCGCACUCCAAUCUUCAUUCCCGGUGGAUGUGCAGAAGAUGAAAUUUUAUACCCGGGUGAUCACAACAACGACUGGGUCUGCGACUGCAAGCCGACCUACAUUUAUCACCCAAAAUCCCACAGAUGCUACCAACUGUACACACAGGGAAGCUGUGAAGCGGGAAAAAUUAUGUACUUGGAGCCAAACGGCAAAUACCCGACCUGCAUACCAAACCCCUGUCCGGACGGACAGGUUAGGUUCCAGAACAUGUGCGUCAUACUUAACCAGGAGCACAAAAUCUGCCAAAUAGCCGGCAUAAAGCUGGUCGUCGGAAUUAACGAGAAAACUCAUCAACUAGAGUGUGUUAAUAUUUCUGAUGUACGCUUAAAUCAGACUAUGAUUACUAACCAUGACCAAGCAAGACAAUAAAGUGUAUAUAAUUGUGUAACUUCAACCAG